AUGUCUCGUACUACAGCAGCUGUCAGCCUGCUCCUCAUUUCAUUGCCGCUUGCAUUUUCUUUGCCCAAAGAUCUCCCACCCUUCAAGCUUCUCAACGCUACCGAAACCUUUUCAUCGCCUACUGGAGAGCCAGCGCCUAUCCUUGAUCCAGGAUUUGGAGACGGCAACUUGCCCGAUGUGACAGUGGAGGCUACCAACGGGACCCCAAUUCCUAUCGAACCUGGUAUUGGCGAUGACACGGGACCCGAGAUUUUUAUUGACCCUCUCCUCCCUGUUGAUCCCGUCCCUGGUCCGAUCCCGACGGUCACCAUACCUCUUGAUCCUGCUCUGAUUGACACUAGCCCUGUGUGGCCUGUCGGAGUUGAUCCUGCUCUGAUCGAUCCUAUCCCUACGGAACCUAUCGGGUUUGUUCCUCCGAAUCUUGAUGGCACAACACAGGCCCCAUCUGUGAGCAUCAAGAAUUUCCUCUCCAUUAUUCAGCCCCUUCUGGAUAUUAUCGGAGACUUGUUCGACUCACUUCCCGGCUCCAAUGCACUUGUCCGACCUUUCGUUUCCCCCUAUAUCCCAAAAGAACCGCUGGGCGAUGUACCUGCGACUUGGCCGCUUCAGCUCGGAUCAACGAGGGCGUCCCGUUUUGAUCUCGGGAAGCGCAACCCUCUACCGGAGGCCUCCUCCGAUGCCCUUUCGAAAUUCUACGCCUCUCUUACGAGCAACCAGGGGGCGACUCUCAGGGAAUCCUUUGAGGUUCUCGAUGACGACACCAAAGCCAAAGUCCUCAGCGUCCUCGAAUCCGAACCAGUGCGUCUCGAACUCGCCAAACGUGACGGUGGUUUCGUGAGUCUAGGUUUCAUCACCAAGUACACCAAUGAAUUCCGCUAUCUGAAUCCCCUUCUCGCGGAGCUAAGACCGGAAAUUGCUCAAGGGCUUCAAGACGUCCUCGACGACCCAACUAUCCCUUUGCCAUCGGUAGGGUCUCUCGAUCUAGAUGAUCUUCCCGAUCAGCUCAAGCAAUUCGUGUUAGACAUGUACCCUUUCUUCAGUCUGCUCUCCGACGGUGCGGUGCCUGAUGCGGACAAGAAGCAAAUUCUCGAGAACUUAUCCGACGGUCUUUCCACCAAGAAGCGAGAUGUCAACACAAAACGCGCUCCCCAAGAUGCCGACAACAUUAUAGUCAACGCACCAACGUGGGAUUACGAUCGGGUUCGACACGCAAUCGACCUUUUCCGCGCGGUGGAUCCGGCCCUAUUCAGUCUUGGAGAUGAGGAAGAAGAGAUCUAUAAUUUGUUUUACGAUCCUAAAGGCCUACCAAAUGUCGACAUCGGUCACUUCGCGCAUGAUCUUGAAGGGCAGGGUAAGUAUGAUGAGUGGCUGAGUUAUCAAAUAGGUUUCCUUCUUGAUAGCUUGCCUGAGACUGACCGGGAUCAACUUUACGAAAUUCUGGAUCUGGACACCGCACCGAGUAAGCGAGCAAUCCGUCGUGCACCUAUACCACCACCGCCGCCACCCGCUGACAACAUCGUCCUCAACGGACCAACUUGGAGUGACGAUCGGGUUCGAUACGUCCUCGACCUUUUUCACGAGCUAGAUCCGGCUAUACAAAGUCUCCUUAUGGACAAGUUUCAGCUCUAUGAUCCGUUUAACAACCCUAACAGCCCCCCAGUUGUAGACUUCGAAGAUUUCGCGCCCGGUAUGAAAGGCCAGGCUCAGAAUGUUGUCUGGCAGUAUUAUCAAUUUGAGCUACUUCUCAACAGCUUGCCUCCGGCCGAGGCGAUGCAGCUCAUAGCGUUGCUUAAUCUGCAAACUGUAUCGAGUAAGCGAGCGAUGCGUCGUGGACUGAGGAUAAGGCAGGAGGAUUCUGAGGGUGAUGAUCUGGAUUUCGCCUUGGGUCCAGAUGGCUCCCUUGAUCCAUUCGAGCAGAACCACCAGCACGUCGGUGACCAAUUUGAUAUUGGGAGUCCUGAAGAGGGUGCGGAUGGCCCAUCUUCUGAGAGUCUUGGGAGUGAUGACUCUGAACAGUUUGUAGCGGAUCCUUCCGCCGACGGUUCUGAAGAGCUCGAUGACAGCUCCGACUCUAAUCCUACUGCCGCAGACGCAGACGCCUCGGAGGAUCCCGCCGCCGCUGAUGAAGACGACGCCCCCUCCACUGACAGCUCUGAUUUUACUUCCGCAGACGCAGAUGCCUCAGAGGAGCCCGCCGCCGCAGCCGAAGACGACGCCCCCUCCACUGACAGCUCUGAUUUUACUUCCGCAGACGAAGAUGACGUCCCCUUCAAUGAUAGCAAUGACAGCUCUAAUGAUUUUACGUCCGCAGACGCAGAUGUCUCAGAGGAUCCCGCCGUUAUUGACGAAGACCAAGCCCCCUCUACUGAUAGCUUUGAUCCUCUCUUUACUGGCUCAGACGCAGAUGUCUCAGAGGAUUCCGCCCCUGGCAACUCUGACUCUCCCCCUACUGUCGCAGACGCAGAUGCCUCAGAAGAUUCCAUCACCAGUAGUUCUGACUCCACUUCCUUAUCCAGCAACGUUGACCUCCAAGGUGCCUUUGUCGGCGAGAUAAACGACAAUCCUAACCCCAGCGAUGUCAAUCCAAACGAGGAGAAGCUAGAUCUAGAAUCAUGGGCCACAGUUCACCCCUCAUCCAUCAACGAUAUUGUGCAAGGUGACCUUGCGGGUGAAUGGAACACCAACGUAAAACCUUUUGACAAUCCAUCAAAUAAUGUAACUACGCUAACAUGUACAGGAAUGAUUCGGGUUAAUGCGAGGGACUUUAGCUAAGAGAGGGGAGAGGGCGGAUGUAUGAUGUUAGAUUGCCGACGGGAGCUCUCGGCACAAACUGUUCUAAACCAGUAGAGCAGCAUUUCCUAUUUUGAUGAUAACAAGUGUCUUCUUUGUGGUAAUCAUCUUCUCCUGCUGAUAAUGAAAUUGAGCAUGGCCAGGUUAAAUGUAGUCUUAUCAUUGUAUCAUCUCUCUAAGUUAACACCAUAGUUGCCGUUUUGUGAUUCCAUGUCGUCCUCUCUCAUCCUUGGUUGCAUCGCUAGCUCCGCCGCUUGCAGUCGUAGAGCAUUCGUCCUGGUUAGACAUCAUCACUUCGAAAAACACAAAAUGUUCCCAGGAACGCCCUCUACAUCUAUAUAUUCCAAAGGCGUCUAGAAGCCAGU